GUUCACUGUUUGCGCUCUUGUGCUCGGGACGAGGUGAUGGAGACUGAAAGUUGUCUGUCUUUCUCCUCGCCUCCAAACAGGAUCACGCCGGAGAAUUCCCCGCGCUUGGAGCAUAAUUCCGGCGCUUUCUUUCAGUGUGACGACCUCCAAAAGUCUCCGCAUCUUACUCUAGCUCAUCGACAUGAGUUUUUUGUGGGACGGUACACUGACGACGGCUCUGCGGACUUUACGCACGGCGUCAGCCCUACAACUCCUCGCGCCUCGCCUGGAAAACACACAAAGUAUUUGGAGAAUAUGAACCAAGACCAGAAAACUCACAAGAUCAACGAGAAGAACUUGUCAUUUUAUAAGACUAAUUCGGAUGGAGAUAAGUCUGUACCCAAGGCCCUUGGAUAUCCUGCUCUAGACUCAGAGUGUUGUGGAAAACUGAAAGAGCCGUCCAGUGGGCUGACUGGAGACUCCAUCACUGACUCCAUCGACCUUUCAGGCAAGAACAAGAAGCGGCGAAACCGGACAACUUUCAGCACCUUUCAGCUGGAGGAGCUGGAGAAGGUCUUUCAAAAGACGCAUUACCCAGAUGUGUAUGCACGGGAACAGCUGGCACUGAGGACGGAGCUGACGGAGGCAAGAGUGCAGGUGUGGUUCCAAAACAGACGGGCCAAAUGGAGGAAAAGAGAGCGUUACGGGAAAAUACAAGAAGUGCCAAACCACUUUGCUGCUACAUACGAUAUCUCCCUUCUCCCUCGCUCCGACUCAUACCAGAUGCAAAAUAGCCUAUGGCCAAGCAGUGCGGGGACGGGAGGUGCAGGCGGAGCAGCCAGUGGUUGUGUUUUGGGGGCGGAAACCAUGACAUCAUCCUGUAUGACCCCUUAUUCCCAUCCUCACGGGAACCUACCAGGGCUCAUGGGUAUGUCUGCAUCUCCAGGCCAUCAUCAUCAUCAUCAUCAUCAUCACCCACCUCACCACCCUAGCAUUAACAGUAUAUACUCACUCCAUGGCUUCCCAGGAAGCCUGGGGGCCCAUUCCUUUGAGCCCAGACAAGAGUCUGAAUACAAGCCAUCAGGCCUGGUGGCCCUGCGCAUGAAAACCAAAGACCCGGGGAGCCUGUUAUCCUGGCCCACAUGACCAUGCAGCUGCAACUGUGAUUGUCUUUACAUCACUGAGCCAACUAGCAGUUAGCAUGCCUGCUAAAGUGGCAUGUUAGUGUUACUCAGUAACACACAACUGAAAUAACCUUUUUUAUGCUCAAUGUACAUAUCUCUCUCUUUUUUGCAGGCUUCCAGAUGUUUUCACUGCAAAAAAAAAUUUUUUUUGCCUGGUCUUUUUUUGUGAUGAUCUGUUUCCCUAUGGAAGCAUCUCAUUUGUUUAUGUGUUUGUUGAAAUUCUAUGAGCCAUAAUGGGCUUUGCACACAACUUGCCUUAAUAUUAAAUUCUUCCAGGGAUACUUAAAUUUUAAAAAGGGGAAGGGCAAGGGGAGGUCAUUGCCUAAUGGUUAAAAAGUUUGACUCCUCGCCUAAGGUUGUGGGUUCGAAUCUCAGGCUGGUAAUACCACGACUGAGGUACCCUUGGGCAAGGCCCCCGGGAGCCCCAACUGCUCCCUGGGUGCUGCAGCAUAAACGGCUGCUCACUGCUCUGGGUGUGUGUUCGGCGGCUGUGUGUGUGUGUGUGUGUGUGUGUGUGCGCUUUGGAUGGGUUAAAUGCUGAGCAUGAAUUCUGAGUAUGGGUCACCAAACUUGGCUGUAUGUAACGUCACUUUCAACAUGUUUAUUUAAGUAUGUUAAUGUUAAUCUCAUCGUGUCAGUGUAUGCCCCUUAUGUAUAUUUGUAGCCCCAGCCAAUAAAUGAUUUUACA